AUGCUGGCUAUGCAGCAGUUUGAGAGACUCUUGUACAAGUUUAGUUCGAUAAACACUCAUGAGAAACAGCUCGUUCGCUCAACCUUUCUUGACAUCGUGAUGCACAAAACCAUCGACCCGCGGCGGCGAAAUCGGCAGAGCACAGGCUUGCCACUGUGGGAGCGGACAAAAUUGUGCCCUAGUCGCACCAGCUGCGAAUCAGUCGCCCCAGACAGUGACAUGAAAAUUGUCAGACAAUCGGUGCACUUCUGUUUUGAGACAGAUCUGCUUGAGGUGCAACUUUUCGAUGAGCAAGGCGAUAAGCAGGACCGCUUCAGCACUAAGCCUGCAGACAAGGCGGCAAGAAGCCCUAGUGAAAUGCGGUUGCCAGUUGAUGAAGCUGCUCGGACCUAUGCGGUGAAGACCAUCGAAUUCUCUCCUGACGGCACAAAAUUGGCCGUCGCGCAGAGUGACAACAUUGUGUUUGUCUACAAGCUUGGAACCGACUGGAAGGACAAGAAGUCCAUCUGCAACAAGUUUCAGCAGACCUCCAGUGUGACCUGUCUCAGCUGGCCUGCGGGUCAUCCCAAUGAGGUCGUUUUUGGCCUUGCUGAAGGCAAGGUCAAGGUUGGUCAGCUCAAGUCCAACAAGGCGGCCACCUUGUACUCCACGGACUCCUUCGUGGUCUCGAUGUGCAGCGGCCCGGACGGAAAUUCCAUCCUCAGCGGCCACAUCGAUGGCUCGAUUUAUCGGUUUCAUUUUGAGACUGAAACUGUCCCUCGCCCGACCACCACCAAGUUCGCGAUGGUUCCGCAGUGCGUGCCCUACGCACUCUCCUGGGGCUAUGCGGGCAUUUGCGCUGCGGGGAACGACCGAAUGGUGCGUUUCUGGGACUCUGAGGGCAGGGAAGGCCAGACCUUCGAUUACAGUACUGACUCCAAAAUCAAGGAGUUUACCUGUGCUGCCUUCAAUCCCUCUGGGGAGUCCGUGGUGCUUGGGAACUACAAUCGCUUCUUAGUGUUUGCAUGGCAUCCCAAGCGGAGCGAAUGGGCAGAGGUGGUCCAACGAGAGGUGCCCAACCUCUACUCGGUCACAGCGCUGACGUGGCGAGCCGAUGGCUCACGCCUGAUCGUUGGAUCCCUCUGUGGUGGAGUGGACAUGUUCGACGUUUGCAUCCGCCGGUCGCGUUACCGUGGCACUCAUGAGUUCACUUACGUCUCCUUGAGCCAAGUGAUUGUGAAGAGCAUCGCCACGGGGCAUCGCAUCGUGUUGAAGAGCAACGUGGGCUUCGAGAUUCAGAAGAUCAACAUCUUCCAGGACCGGUUCUUGGUGGCCAAUACGCCCGAGAGCAUCUUGCUCGGAGAUUUGCAGACUUGCAGACUAUCUGAGAUUCCUUGGCACUCGAGCGGCACUGAGAAGUUCUUCUUUGACAAUCCGACUGUGUGCAUGAUCUUCAAGGCUGGUGAGCUCUCAGUGGUGGAGUAUGGCUGCAAUGAGCUUUUAGCUUGUGCCCGAACGGAGUUUAUGUCCCCUCAUCUCAUAAGCGUCCGCAUCAACACUCCGGACGAGAACGAUGUCUAUGCUCCAGCCAUGGGAGAGCUGAAGGUGAUCGCAUACCUUUUGGAUCUCAUGACCAUUCGAGUGGUUGAUCUGGUGACCAAUACUACGCUGGCCACCAUCUCCCACGACACCCGCAUCGAUUGGUUGGAGCUGAAUCCGAAUGGUGCCAAUCGCCUCAUUUUCCGAGACAAGCGCCGGCAGCUUUACCUUUACGACAUUGAGCAGCAGAGCAGGGUGACACUGCUCAACUACUGCAACUACGUGCAGUGGGUGCCAGAUAGCGACGUGGUUGUGGCGCAGAAUCGAGGCCAGCUUUGUGUUUGGUACUCCAUCAACGCGCCGGACCGGGUGACAUUGCAUGAGAUCAAGGGUGACAUCGAAGAUAUCGAGCGCUCCAAUGGCCGCACAUGUGUCAUUGUGGACGAAGGUGUGAACAUGGUCGAGUACGAGCUGGAUGAAGGCCUUAUCUCCUUUGGUUCAUGCCUCGAACGAGGCCAAUAUGCAAAGGCUGUUGACCUCCUGGAGGAGCUGCCACUGACACCGGAGACUGAAGCGAUGUGGCGUUCUUUGGCCGAUGCUUCAAUGGAGCACUUCAAUUUGCCGGUGGCCGAACGCUGCUAUGCGGUCCUGGGAGAUGUGGCUAAGAGUCGAUAUCUUCAUAAGGCAGGGCGAUGUGAGGCUCCGCAGACCGUGCGAAACGACCAUGCUCAGACCAGGCGAAAAUGGCGAUGCUGGCGAAGCAGUUUCAACGAGCUGAGGCCAUUUUGUUGGACCACAAUGAGCUGGAUGAAGCUUUGGCCAUGUACCAGGAGCUUCACAAGUAUGAUGAGUCCAUCAGAUUGGCAGAGCGAAAGAACCAUCCAAAGGAGAAGGCCGGAGAGCUGCAGGAGAUUGAAGGCGACUUUGUCAGGCCCCACUCCCUGUGCGACAAGUGCGAAGGAGAGCAGAGUGGCUUUGUCCGCACUGGGUCUCCUAGCCGCUUGCCAGAGAUGCCGAAGAUGGACACAUCUUCGGCGUGAAUGGCGCGGCCAGCGCGUGUCGUGCCAUGCGCAGGAGGACGAUGAGAACGAAGACUACUUCGAAAGCACAGGUGGAGGCAGCCAAAGCAGCAGUGCCCGCCAAUCAUUGUCGAUGCCAUCGGAAGCUUCACAGCUUGAUGUUUUGUCACCGAGCGCGGAUGAAUUGGUGAACGUGGACGUGCCAAACCACUACUUGAACAUCUCCAGGUCAAGACCUACAAAAAGUGUCAGAGGCGGCCCUGCUCAUGUGCAUGGUCGCUCCAAGCGCUCCAAGCAGAAGGUCCAGUGGCGAUUGAAGCAGGGCCCUCCUUUGGCGCACAAGAACUGGGACUUUCCGUCUCGUCUCCGGGUCUCUACGGGUAUCGCCAAGCGUCGGCGCCUGGAGCAACCCACAGGUGUGGUUGUGAGACCAACGAUGGAGCGAGUGCGGGAGGCGCUCUUCAAUCAGGUGACCUCUAUGCACUUGUUUGAAGACCGCUCUGUACGCGUGCUUGAUCUUUUUGCAGGCACCGGUUCCUUGGGCAUCGAAGCGCUGAGCCGUGGAGCUGCGGAGUGCAUCUACGUGGACACUUCGAAAGAAUGUGUGGAUUGCUGCAUUGCCAACUCAUGGUUGGCAGGCUUCAUGGAGCAUGAAGAAGCUGCCAAGGGCACCAUCAACGACCGUAUCCAGGCCGAAGUGGCACCCUUGAUGAUGGUUGGAGGUCCUCGGGCGCAGGUGCAGAUCGAGCUGCAUCGAGCGCAGGUGUCGCGGCAGCCGGUGGGUGCGGUGCAGGCAGACGUCUUGGAUUUCCUUGAGGAUCCCGAGAAAUUUGGCCUGGUCAACCGGAGCUUCAACCUGGUGAUGGCCUCGCCAAACUUCAACGAGAUCUCCUACCGGCAGCUUUGCACUGCGCUUGCCAAGUCUGAUUUGAUCGAGCGAGAUGGCUUGGUUGCGAUCGAGUACCCUCGUGAAAUAGGCGUCUUGCCACCUGUGCUUUGUGCUCCCUUCGACGAAGAAGACGACUGGGAUGACGUUGCGGCAGGGGUUCCAGUCCUUCAUGGGCUCAGGAACCGUGAGUAUGGCAGUGGCAUGUUGGCUAUUUAUUGCAAGCUGCCCACUGGGGCACGGGGCCGUGCCGGCGAGCCACGACCCUGGGAGUUCACGGAGACGCUGAUGCAACCGAAGCUUCGGCAGAGGAGCCGCGACCUUUGGCGAACGCCCAGCAUCUUCUCUGAGAGGGAGCGUGGCUUUGCAGUUCCCAAGCAGGCCGCUUCGGUGGUGCAACGCCACAAUGCCAACUACUCCCAGGAACUUCUGCAGAAGAUCGUGGCAGGGCUACAGGCCAGCGGCAUGCACGACCGUGCGGGCGCCUUGUAUGAGCGUAUGGGGCUCAUCCAGCCAGCUAUGGAUGCCUAUUGCAGGGGCCAUGCCUAUCGCCAGGCGAUCGAGCUGGCCAAGCAUUCGCAGCCGGGCUUGGUGGUUGCCUUGGAAGAGCAGUGGGGCGACUGGCUGGUGUCACAGCGACAGGUUGAUGCUGCUAUCAACCACUACAUUGAGGCUGGUUCUGCCAUCAAGGCCAUUGAUGCGGCAAUGACUGCGAGGCAGUGGCACAAGGCAGAGAUGCUACUGGAUCAGGUGUCGAUGGGAGCGGACCAGACAUUUGCGCUGCCCUUCUACGAGAAGCUGGCGACGCACUACGGGCAAUCCCGGCAGUUUGACCAGGCUGAACGCGCCUUCAUCAAAUCUGGACGACCACAGCGGGCGGUGCAGAUGUAUGUCGAUCAUGCGCAGUACGAGAAGGCGCACCGGGUAGCAAAGGCACAUCUGUCCCCAGCGGAGAAAACCGAGCUCUACAUUCAGCUGGCUCAGGCACCUACCAGCGGGAUUUCACGAGCGCAGGCUGAGCAGAUGUAUCUGGCAGUGAAUGAGUUCGAUUUGGCCAUCAACAUGUACAAGAAGCGAGAAGAGUAUGAGCAGAUGUUGCGCUUGGUGUCCAAGUAUCGCAAGGAGCUCUUGAACGAUACUUACAAACACAUUGCAGAGCAGUACGAAAUGAAAGGAAAUCUAAAGAAGGCAGAGCACUACUACGUCGAGGCCAAGAUGUGGACAAGUGCCAUGUCGAUGUAUCGACAGCUGGAACAAUGGGAAGAUGCGAAACGUGUGGCCAAGAUGCAUGGGGGAAAGCAAGCUUUGGAGAAGGUGGUCCUCGCCCAAGCCCAUGCAACCUUCAAGGAGCAUGGUGCGGAGGCAGGCGCACAACUUCUUGCAAAGCAUGGCCUCAUCGACAUCGCCAUUGACUAUGCUGUGGAGCACAGCAACUUUGCGCACGCCUUCGAGCUGGCCAAUUUGUCGGCAAAACACAAGCUACCAGACAUUCACUUGAAGAAGGCGACGCUGCCGAUCUGGGCGAGCUUGCGAAAUCGGGCCCUCGCGCUGGAGGAUGACGAGCAGUUCAAACUGGCUGAGGAAGAGUUUAUCCAAGCCAAGAAGCCCAAGGAGGCCAUUGAUAUGUAUGUGCAUCAGCGUGACUGGGUCUCUGCAAUGCGGGUGGCCGAGGCCUACGAGCCCCAGAGCGUGAAUGACGUCAUGGUGCAUCACGCCAAAGAUCUGGUGGAUCAGAACAAUAUGCAGGCUGCAGAGAAUCUCUUCAUCCAGGCUGGAAAGCCAGAGCUGGCGGUCAAGGCCUAUUCGGCGAAACGUAAUGUCCCAGAGGCAGUGCGGGUCUGCAAGAAGCACUGCCCCCACAUGCUGGGAGAUGUGGUGGAUUCAUAUGGCGAAGGUGGUGGAGCACCAGGAGUAGCGCAAAGUUUGGAUGAGAUCCUGGAUGCAGCGAAGAUCUACGAGGAUACUGGCAGCUACUCGCGUGCAAUUGACACGUACUUAUCAGUCUCGGAGACGAGCAGUGCAGAUGCCGAUCGCCUCGAAGAGGUCUGGGAGAAUGCGGUGAGGCUCUCCAUGAAGCACGCUCAGGAGCGGUACAACGAGGUGGUGUCCAUUGUGGCCAAACGCCUCAAGCUUAUCCAGCGCUUCGAGGCCGCGGCGGAGCUCUACGAGAGUGUGGACCACGCACGGGAGGCGGUGAACUGUUACAUGGCCGGUGAGGAAAGCUUGGCCUUGCUUGAAAGCAAUGAACCUAAAGCCUGCAUCAUGGAGCAGGUGUAUGGCUUUGGGCUGCCAGAGCAUGAAGAAGACAACUCUACUCCCAAAGACAGGUUCCUCAGCCUCGUGGCCAAUCGCCCUUGGAAGCAUGGAGGCUACCAUGUGGUGACCAUGCUGCUUGACAACAACCAUUGGGUCAAGCAAAGCCGAAGAAGGCACGGAGCAGAUAUUGGAUGUUUCACUACUGAAGUCGGCAGUGCUCUUCUGCUCAAGAUUGCUAGAGAACGGCAGCAGCAAUGCACGCCAGAAGAAUUUUUGAAAGUCAAACGUCGUGGACAUAGAGUAGAACAGCCACCGCGGCAACCUAUUCAUCCUCAGCCUCAGCCUUUGCAGUCUGCGAGCAGCAGCAGCAGAGAGGUCCAGGUUGCUCUUCCUUUGAAGAUGGGUCCAAAUCCCUUCCAACAGUGCAUUGCAAUCUCUGCUCAUGAUGCUCUUGCCCGAACAGAAGCAGCGGUAGAAUUGGACCCAAUGAUUAAAGAAGCUUUGUAUGAAGUAGGACGUCCAGUGCUCAGUUUCAAAGCGAUGGCUUGGAAAGCCAGCAAGUCCACUAAAAUGCUCAGCCUUCAGUUCAAGCGAAUCGCAGACUGCGUGUUUGAGGGUGGUAGGUUUUUAGCAAAUCAGCUGAUUGAUGCCGCCUUCCGAUUUGUCGACAGGGGCUCCUUGAAGCCUGUAGCUUGGAUUGAAAAACGACGAUAUGAUGAAACACCAUUGCCGGUGAAGCUUCGUGACAGAUCACUUCAAAGCAGCGACAAGCAAGCCAAAGUACUGCAAACAGAAGCUGUCUAUGGGAUGGUCUUUGAAGAUACGGUCACAGCAAAAAGGAUGUUCAUGAAGUUUCGAUUGCCAACUCCUCUGCUUAGCCUUGAUCGGACAACAGCGCAAAAUAUCAAACAAGCAGUUCUGAAAGCCUGUCAUUGGCCAGAAUCAGGCUGGUGCAAAGAGAACUUUCCGCUCAACUAUAGCAUUGUGGUCACCGACCAGUACGCAGCAAACUUCAGUGCUGAACGUUCUAUGGACCAAGAUUGGCCACGCUGUGGCAAGGUUCAUUUACCUUGCGAUGUACACAAGUUGUCACGCGCGCAAACAACCCAGCAUAAUCUGGUUGACACUGAGAUUUCAUGCAUGGUUGCUGGCAGUGUCAUUCUACAUGAAGCAGGGGCAGCGCAGGCUUUUCGUGACUGUGUGUUCCAAGUCUUGGAAUCUAACCUGGAGAUUCGCUACGCAGCACCGCCAGAAGGCUUUGUGAAAGAGUACCGAGAAGCCUUGCAUGAGCUCCUCCUGAAGAUUCCUGAGUUCAGUCACCAGGAUGAGCGAAGAAAAAGUUUCAAAGCUUUGCGAAUUAGGCAGCGGAGAGUUAUUGCGUACUUUCUCAAUGGAGAUUUGCAGUCACGAAGAAUCAUCCACUUCACAGAGAAUGACAAUGUGACCAAGGAGACACUUCUUCCAAAGAUCCGAAAGUAUUUGCUACCGGCUUUGCUUCCAGGUCCUGUUCCAACAUUCCCUCGCCACAGAUGGACCAAUUCUGACUUGUCUGUUGACUAUUUUGCAAUUUUAGCAACUCACCACCAGUUGUUGGAGCGUGCCUCAGCCUUAUGGUUGGGCCUAGACAAUUUGGAUGAAGCUCCUGAGUGUGAUGAUCAAGAAGGACCAAUCACUUGGGAAGACUUGCUGAAGAAAAAGUUGCAAAGCUUGCCUAGUCAUGUGCCUCCUUUGCCCACACCCGGUCCAGCAGUUGGUGAAGCAUGCCUCGACGAGAAUGGUCCAGACGGUGACAAUGACCAAGGUGAACAAGAUCAAGCGUUGGACAACCUCAAUCCAAACCCACCUCAAGAACAAGAUGAUGGUGUGAGCUAUGUGGAACGGGAUUGGGCAAAGAUACUCAAGUCCCUCAAGCAAAAGUUCAUUGCUUGGAUCAAAUCCAGUGGCAGCCAACACACAGUUUCUUUGGCAGGGAGGUUGGUCAUAAUGCGGAUUUCCAUGGAUCCUGUUUGCAGGCUCAUGCACAAGUUUCUGCACCUUGCUGGACAAAGAUGGGACAAAGAACAGGAGUUCAAAGCUGCAUUGGGACAAACCCGCAGUUACAGAAUUCUUGAAGCGCAUAAGGGGCAGGAUGUUGCCAACCUGUUUGAAUACCUUGAGCGAGCUCACCAUUCUGUCCCUACAGCUGUGCCCCUGAAAGAUAUGAAGCUGAUCAGCAGAAAUCUCUUGUUUGCUUUGCUGUCCCGAGUUGCUUGCAAUCUACAAGUUUCGCUGCUUCCUUCUAGGAAGGCUUGUCCAGUGAGAUUGUUUUCAUGCCUUCUUGGGAACAAUGAAGUGGAACAGUUCUACCAGUUGAGAAAUUGCCUUCAUGAUUCUUUGACAGCGGCAUUUGUCCAUGCGUUCCCAAGUGUCGCAGAGGCAUCAUCUCCAACUGCGCAAGACAUUUUGAUUUCGUUGGCCCUCCUGAUCGACAUGGACAUUUCACAAAUCGAAUCAAAGCAUGCCUCGGCUCGCAGAAUUGUCAUGUCCCGGUCACUUCAAACACAUGGUACGCAGCUAGAUGAUCUUUCAGCAGACUUCCUGCUGAGACAAAAUGCUGUGGAUUACACAAGAGUGUUCACAGGUGGUACUGGUAGAGGCGAAGGGGUGCAGACUUCAAAAAGAAAACGACUGCGCAAGGUUCGAAAAGUUCGCAAGGACGGACGUGAGAGAAAGGCUUCCAGACCAGGUGGUUUCAGAACGUGGCUGCAUAUGCACAAGAAGGGCAUUUUGUGGAAGACGCCUGGCACUAUGACAGAGCUUGCGCGAGAAUUCCCGGCCCUGCCAAAGGAAGAGAAAGACGCCAUCUCAUCAAUUGCAGAGGCUGCUGGAACCAGUGUUGACCAUGGUUAUGCGCCCUUUGGUGUGAAACCACGUGAUGCUUCAGCUUUGGCAAUCCCCUUGUCAAACACUGUUGAGCUGGCAGUGCAAGAAGCCAAACAACAAAUCUCAUCUUUGCAGGCAGUUACUCGGGAAGAGGAGGCAAGAUUGAAUACAGCCCUUGUGCGUUAUCACGAGCGGCAUGUGGACAACUUGCCGGAGGCAUUUGUUCAAGUGCUUGGUCGAGAUUUCCACCGCUGUGUGGCAGAUUCCCUGGCUGUUUUUGAUAUGCACCUACCAGCUGAUGCAUUUUAUUCGGAGGCAGAAGACCACGAAGACUUUGCUGGUGAGGGCUACGUCGACGUGGAUGCUGGCAGUGAUGUGUCUGGCAGCCCUCCAAAUUCUGACCUUGACAGCAGUUGUACAGAAGAGGAAGAGCUGGACAAAGAGCUUGGAGAGUGGCUAGAUUACCUGGAUGCUGAAGAGGCGCCUGAGGAAUUUCCAGACCAGCAUGCAGAGACCCCAAAGGGCCAGGAACAUGAGGGCAAUGACGAUGACCUGGAUGGGCACAAUGUCAGCGCAGACACAAAAGAGCAGGCGAUUCAAGACGGGCAAGCUGCCUUGGGUUCAAAGCCUUUGCGUGAAGUGCUUUUGAGUGACGAUGAGCGUCAAGAGUGGCUGAAGAAGGCAGCUGCGCUGCUGCGUUGCGAAGCUGGCGUUUCCUGGGCGGAAACAAAUAGCAGAGGGCAACCCGUCGGAGAUGGUUGCGACAACUGCGUCCGCACCAUGCUCGAGAAACAUCCGGACAUGACUUGGAAUGAGGUUUGUGCCAAGUGUGAGAAGAGCAAGGAGUUUCAGAGCGAUUCCAAAAUGGCCGCCCAGAAAAGACUCGAAUUGGCAGACACUCUGGAAAACCGGCAGUUUCACCCAGGCAGUGAUGUCUUUCAAUCUGAGAGGGUUGGUCAUGUGACCUAUGUCGAAGUGGCUGUGCUGACAGAAGCAGAAUUGCUACGAAUCUUUAAAGUGGGAGCAAAGACCUUGGGGUUCGCAAAGGAGAAGCUGGUGCCUUUCUACAACGAAGAGGGCAAGCUGUCGCACGGGUACUAUGUGGGCCUGAGGGGUAUGCCUAUUUCUGAACUUUUCAGUUGCAGAAAGAUGCGCUUGUUCAGCGAGCUCAGCCAUUCCCAUGACCAACACUUUCUGGAGCCUGAGUACCAGUUUGACAAACAGCAGGGCGUCAACAACUUCGAGUACUACAAGGCACAGGAGAUCGGCAAGCGCGCUUCUGGAGUUCAGGUAGCCAGCAGGCCCCACUUGAAGCACUUCUGUGAUCUACAAGAAAUUGCCGAUGGGGUGGAAAAAAAGCGACGUGAGAAAGAGGAGGCGCAGAAACAUGAAGAGCCUGAAGAUGAGGAGCCAGACGAAGAUCUUGACCAAGAGAUGCAGGCCAUGGGUGAGGAUGGUGAAAACGUUCCAAAGAGGAAGCAAGCUCCUGGUGUUGCUCAAGCUGCAGGUGGAGCUCCAGAAGCCAGAAAAAAAACCUCGACUGCUGCUCGCUCCAAGAAGGAGGUGAAGGACAAGAAAAGUUCGGCUGGUGGCGGCGAAAUCUUUGCCAGCAGUGCUGAUAUGGAGGCUUUGAAGGAGUCGGACUUUGAGAUGUUCAAGGUGGCAACCCGCUUUGGGAGCCUGCCGGAAUGCCUCUUGAAACUCAAUGUGAAGGAGAAGAUCUUACCAAAGCUAGAAGGAGCACGAGAGCAUGACCUUUUGGUCCAGCGGUACGCUGAAUGUGAAGCUGCGGACAAGUUGGUGAGCGGCAACAUCAUGACCAUGGGAAGCAGGGACCUCACCAACCUGCUGACUGUCCUGGAUGGCACCAACAUCACGUUUCCCUUUCCCGUUCGUUGCAAGUUGGUAGAGCGCCACGCCACAGACGUUUGCAAGGACAUCUUUGAAUCCACAGAAGACCCGGUCAGCUUGCGCUCAAGAUUUUGUGAGCUGCUUUUGCCUCAGCGGGGCAUCCCGGCAUCCUUUGAUUGUUUCUGCCCGACACUAGCAGGUCUUCUGGUUCAAGAACUCGAACAAGUAGAUGAAGCAGAGAACCUGGCUCACUUCACGGACGGCGACAAUGUGAGCGCUGAGAAAUACGCUCUUGGCACUCUCUUGGCGGAUGCUUUCAGCAACGACUACACGAUACAGAUUCUCAAAGGCGGCCAGGCCAAGAAGAAUGCCCUGCUGGCGAUCAUGCAGGCAAUGCUUGAUAAGAAAGACUCGUUUGGGCUUCCAUCCUCUUUUCCUCCUGAGAGCAUGCCUGACUCGGUCAAGGGUGCGGUUGAUGCCAUCAUGGAAGCAUGCACUGUGAUUUUGCACAUUGUGGAGCCAACCUUCCCAGUGUCCAUCGAAGCAUUCAAUUCGCUGAUGACAAGGAAAGGCAAGAACCUGCUGAAAAACAACUUGAAGAUUGCUGUGGAAACCGGAUUCAGGAAGGAGGUUGAUGACGUGCUUCGCACAGCAGCCAAAUCUCAGAUCUACUUCCCGGAAGUGGAAAAGUACACCACAUCACUCAAAGACGCCGCAGCGCAGGAUUUUGCCUUUGCCUUGCUCGUCGAAGUCUUGAACAAGUACCCGGAAUACCAGUCGCAACUGCGACCAGGUGCCACUCAUCACCUUGGCCAGCAACUGCUUCUGCAUUUGAUGAAAGCCUCCAAGAGCAUGCUGGGUCAAGACAUGUCUUCCACAGAGCCUUUGCCCUUCGAGGUGUCGGAUGUCGACGCUGUGAUGGCGGGCCUCAAGCAGUUCUCUGGAAGUCCAGAGGCAAAUGAGCGACUGGCUGAAUUGAAGAGAUGGAAAGCGACAAUGUCCCAGUAUCUUGGCCGGCAGCAGCUACUUCAGCUUUGCACGGCAAUGGAGACCGAUAGAUCCAGCGUCAAAAUCAAGCAGCUGCAGUCAUGCUUGGAAUCAGCCCAGCUGUCCGCAAGCACCCCUCCUACAGGCCCAUUGGGGGAGAAGAUGCUUAAGGCAUUGCCUGCAGUCCUUGGUUGGUUGAUGGAGCAGGUUGCCGGCGAUAUGGCAAACCUUGGAGAAAGGUUGCCGGCUCUGCUUGACGAUGUGGAGGUUGUGGACAAAUUCGCGGUGGCCACUCAUCAUGGAAUGCAGACUUGGCUGAAUCUUCAGAUUCAUGUGGUGCAAACCGGAUUGUCUUUGAGGACUGCCCAGAUCCAGUGGGAGAAUUUGGCGCGUGAAGUGAAGGACCGUGUGGAGAAGGACAAGAAGCAUGAGAAGUUGAUUGCAGUACUGACAGCCUGUCGAAAAUUCGAGACAAGUGUGAGGGCAGCAGGCCAGUAUGCCUUUCACACUUUGGCUGCUGAGUGCUCAAAGCUUGGUCUGGCAGAGGAUGAUGCUAUUGCUUCCAUGAAUUUCCACACAACCUUUACUGCAUCGCUAGAUGAAUUCUAUGACGGCAUUCGGUUGACGGCCACUGGCUACAUGGAGAAAAUCAAGUCCAUGAAGGAGGACAUGAUUGGCAAAACCGGCGAGCUAGCUAACCCGGAGUCACCAGAGUAUUGGAGGCACGGCCUUGCUUCUGAUUGCAGCUUGGCGGACCUCAAGGCUGCCAGCCGCUCGAAGCUCAAGAAGCUGCCCGGCGGAUCUAUCAAGAGUCUCUACGACAAGCAAGUGAAGGACAGACUAUUUAUUGUCAGCAAAGCACAGGCUUUGGCCAGGGAUGAACUUGGCGAGAUUUCUGGAGGAAGUGUAGAUGAGUCUCGCGUGCACAGCGUCCUUAUGGUUGAGGUUUGGGAGAAGGCGCGUUUGCUGGCGCAGCAGAUGGCCCCUGACAUGGUCAGGUUGGUGGAAGAGAGGUACAAGUCGGAGCUUGUCAACAAAGGAGAUGGAGACCAUGUCAUACGCAUGACUGGAGAUGUGGAUACCGCGCUGGACAUGUAUGCUCGGAAUGGCGAAUGGACAAAGUGCCUGACGCUCGCCGAGAAGCAGAGCCCAAAGAUCCUGCCGCACUACUUGGUGCAAUACUGCAAGAUUCUUGCGAACAAAGGCGACAAUUUGGAGGCCUGUCAGAUGCUGGUUCGCUAUGGGCCGCCCACAGAUCCUGGGCAAUCCAAUUCCAAUUUCCAGCUCUACAAGGCCGGGUUGCCACACUUGCUGGCUGGAGAUCAGCCGGCUGGACCGCCCUUAGUACGGGAGAUGCUCCUGCGCGUCAUGACGCCCGCGGGCACAUUGGGAGCACCGCCCACACCGAGCAUCCUGGCAGAGGACCGACGGCCGCAGGCGGAGUUCCUCAAGGCGCAGCUCGAAACGGGCGAUGGGCCAACGCGGGGAACGCUACGUGAACGUCACAUGGCCCCGGAGCUGGUGGCCAAAAUCAGUUUGUCCCUGUGUCGCUACUGUUCCGAGUUCCCGAUGGAUCUCGCCUUUUAUAGUGCUGGUUUGGACUGCAAGGAAGCAGGCAUGAUCAACAUGUCCUUCUUCUUCUUGAAUCGCUUCCUAGACAUUGCAGAUGCCAUCGAUGACCCUGAGAACGCAGCCAUCGAUAACACAGAUUUUAUGGACACUGACAUCCCAUCGCCAUAUGACUUGGAUCUUCCAGAUCAAAACCAUGUCUCGAGUGAGAAGGUGGAGGAAAUCCGCGACUGGGUCUUGGGAUGGUCUAUGGAUCAAUCUGUACAGCAAAAGACGCUUGGACCAAUGGGGCGCUACUAG